CGUGCCACUGAUGCGUUCGGACCCUUUCUGUCUCAUUCAACAGUUCUACAGCGUUUCGAAGCAGUUUUCUCGGAAAGAUGGCCGGUAGUCGUAAUGCACCAACUCGACCGCCCACUCACGACAGCGGGUUCUUCGGUCCGGAAGCAGGCUUCUUUGCCCAGGAGCCACCUGUCUGGCCAAUGAAUGGCUUCUACUCACAGCCACGUCGGGUGUUCCCAGCGCCUGCUUUUAACCGACAACUGUUCCGUCCAUCUCCGGAGCUGUACGCCCGCCCUCCAUCGGGAUACUGCUUUGCGGUUCCUCGCUACUUUCAGCGGAGUGCUCGGUUGGUGGUCCCAAGCAACCGGAGUCUUCAAGGGACGUAUGCAGAUCCUUUGCAGUCGGUUUCACAAACGCAUUACUCGACGGACGAGCAGGAGCUUGAUGAAGUAGCGCUAAGCGUUCCCACAGAAGACAAUUCCCAAGAGCCUGAGACCGAAGAAGCGACCAGAUGGAAGGACAUGGGCCGCAGAGCCAACACUACCCAGUUGACCACAGGAACUACGACAAGCAAGCUCCCACCGUGUACUAGUGAGGCGUGUCAAUCGGAGGGACGGUACCUGGGAGGGAACCUGAACAGCUCAGUGCACCCCUGCGAUGACUUUUACUCCCACGUGUGUUCCUCAAAUUGGUAUAAUGGAAGCACAGCCGGCACGUAUGUUUCCAGGGCGUCCAGAGUCGUCUUGCACAGCUUGUGGUCUUACCUGAAGAGCGAACCAGUCAACAUGUCGUCAACUUCGUUCCUGAGCCAAGCUGCCUUUCUUGCCCGUGGCUGCAUGGAGGGACCGAAGAGGGACUCAGAAUGGGCUGCCUUUAAGACCAUUUUAUCGGACCUAGACAUACCUGGCUGGCCUUACUACAGUGACGUGCCGAACAUAAACCCCCACGAUGUAGCCAAAGUCGCCGAUAAGCUGCUUGGCAUAGCGACGUUCGUGACACUGGUGCUGCGACAAAGAUCGUGGGAUCACGAACUCGAGCUCCACGUCGACUCGCCUCACAUCUUCCUCAGGCGUUUCGAGGCGCUUCAACCACGCGGUAAUCUUACUACAUACACUGAGUUUGUAUAUAAGGUGCUCUCGCUUCGGAGGCUGGCGUCUCGUGAGAUACGUGAUCUCGCUGCCGAGAUAGUGAAGCUUGAAGAAAUGAUGUCAGAAGUCGCGGCUGAUUCGAUGCGGAGCGUUCCUGUCGCUCAUGCUACGAGGCCUCUGAGAUCAUUCAAGACCGUGCGAAACUGGGACUGGUUUCGGUAUUUUUCCUAUUUCGCCGAAGGGACACCUAGCGUUCCUUUGACGAACGUCGUGGUUCUGGACCCCGUCUACCUCGACCAGCUCACGGUCAUUCUCCCAGAAAUUCAUCGUCGUACUCUGAUCAACUACAUCGGCUAUCGUUUAGCCAUCUACCUAUCUCCCCUCCUUCCGGCUAACAAGGCACACUUCAUACUUCCGAUCACUCACCCGAUCGCGCUGACGAAAGAUGCUUCAGAACGACUAGCAGCGUGCAUGUUUAUGCUCGAACGCGUCUAUCCCUUCGGUGUCCGAAGUAUAACGUGGUCAGCGCUGAUGCAAAAGGGGCAAUCGCCAAACCUCGACGAUGAGGAACUAGCCGACGAUCUCAAAAGGUUGCAAGACGUCUCACGCUUCGAAAUCAAACAAGCUGCUCUUUCAGCCCCUUGGCUGAAUACGAACGAGUCUCGCAUCGCUUCCCUGAAGAUCGAACGCAUGGAGAUAGAGCUGAUGCCUUCGAAAACCGACCUCACUCUGCCGGCCUCGACGUUUUCGCCAUCCCUCCCAGAACAGCGCGAACUGCUUACGACUUACUACAAGCUGCUUCGCUUCAUUAGGACGCAGUACUGGUCAGGUGGCGACCCAACGCACUUCCAGGCACGCAUGUCGCCGUCGGAGUCUGUGUUCCGCCCCGGCUUCUCGUACGACCCACAGCGUAACGUCAUCACGCUGUCGCCAGCAACGGUUGUCUUCGGCGCGAGACUUUCGCGUCGUAUCGAAGCCGCUUCGGUUCCAUUCCUCUUGACUGCGCUCAUUCGCGGGAUGCUUUCUGCAAUUGACAUUCGCGGCAGCACUGUAGACGGCGACGGAGCCGUUCGCAAAUGGUGGUCCAUGAGCUCGCAGGGAGCGUUCCUGUCGCGUUCCUGGUGCAUCCAGGGAGAGUUUGUCGAGAGCGUAAAGACGUACGUUAAGGAACCCGACGAAUCCCUGUUCCUUUACGAGAACGUGGCAGACAAUGCGGUCUUGCGACCGCUGUUCAAUAUAUUUCAAAAAUUCGCACAUCGAGAGAACAGGCUGGUUGGCGUACCGGGACUUCCAGAUGGAACGACGAACCAGAAGCUAUUUUUCAUGGACUACGCCUCCAUGUUUUGCGAGCCCACCCGAAGCGUAGUACGGAAGAAAAUGCAGCUUCGGUAUAAGAUCUCUGCCCCGGCAAAGUUCAGAGUGAAUGGUCCAUUGAAGAGAUUCAAGCCGUUCGCAAAAGUGUAUGAAUGCGCCGAAGGCACGAAAAUGAAUCCCAGCCGCAGAUGUACAUUCUGGUGAAGGACGCGUGCGUAAAUGUGCGCGAAUUUUGAGAACACUGAGGACCCGUCGAAUGGUUUUGUAAAUUGUUUUCAUUAAGAAUUGUUUUAAAUUGUUUUAAGCUAUC